GCCAUAGUUGUCAACAGUCAGUUCAAGAUGGCUGCGCUGCCGAUGGUGAGGGUUGCGCUGCUCAUCGCGUUUUCGGUGUUUCUGACGCUCACCCUGGGCUUCGGCUUGCCGUCUGUGCUCAACCUCUUCGCGCGAUGCUGCGGCUUCCCGGAGGCGAGCGUCACCGAGAGCAUAGUGCUGCUGUACGCGCUGUUCGUGCUGUACGUGGCCAUGCCGCGUCUGCCCCGCGGGACAGUGAAGGUUGCAGGGAAAGCUGUGCUCGUUACCGGCUGUGACACUGGAUUUGGACUGGCUUUGGCCAAGCACUUUCACAAGCUUGGUUUCACGGUGUUUGCAGGUUGUCUGUUUAAGGACGGAGAAGGUGCAAAGGAGCUGGAGAGCCUUCAUUCAGAGAAGCUGAAGGUGGUGCAGCUGGACGUCUGCAGCGAGGAGCAGGUCUCUCAGGCGGUUCAGUUUGUGACCGCUAACCUGGACGAGCCAGAGAAAGGUCUGUGGGCUGUGGUCAACAAUGCUGGUAUCUCCACAUUCGGUGAGGUGGAGUUCACAACCAUGGACACAUAUAAGCAGGUUUCAGAGGUCAACCUGUGGGGCACCAUCAGAGUAACCAAAGCCUUCCUGCCUCUCAUCCGCAGGGCUAAAGGUCGUGUGGUGAACAUCGCCAGCAUGUACGGCAGAAUGGGAAACGCUCUCCGAUCCCCUUACUGUGUAUCCAAAUACGGAGUGGAGGCUUUUUCUGACUGUCUCAGGUAUGAAAUGAAGGUUUGGAGCGUCAAAGUUUCCGUCGUUGAGCCAGGAAACUUUAUCGUGGCCACGGGUAUCCUGACACGUGACAUAGUCACGACAACAGCAGAGAAGCUCUGGAAGGAGGCGCCCCCUGGUGUCCAGGAGGACUAUGGGAAAGCUCACUUUGAGCAGUACAUGGCUCUCAUGCGCUCCUACUGCAACAGCGGCCAGCGGGAGAUCGAGCCGGUUUUAGACGACGUCACAGAUGCAAUCACGUCCAAACGGCCAUACAAACGGUACAACCCCAUGGAGCCGCACUGGUGGAUCCGCAUGCAAAUAAUGACCCACCUUCCUGCGGCCAUCUCAGACAGACUCUACUUCUAAUGAGAUGCCAACUUCCAAUACGUUCGUCACCGGGUGAAUCAAUGAAUUAAUAUAUGCCAUAUUGAACAAUCAAAUUAGUAUACAAUCUUUAAAAUUAAAAAAAUUAAAAAAAAAUUAAAUAAAGAGAAUUAGCAUACAAUCUUAAAUUUGAAAAAAUAAAAAUAAAAUCACACAAAUCUCAAAGGAAUAUUCUAGGUAAAAUACAAGUAAAACUAUGUGUGAUACCACAGGAAAUAAGAUCAACAUAAGACAAGUCAACAUUAUUUUGUCCAAAAUAUUCCCUUAAAGGGAUAGUUCACCCAAAAAUGAAAAUUUGCUGUUC